AAUGACAUUUUGAAUAAUAAGUUUUGGUCAAAGUAAAAAAUGAACAUAAAGGAUCAUCUAUUUUGAGUUACAUCGUAUUUGCAAUACAAAAGAUCGUGAUUUCUGCUGGCACAAACUCUUGCUGAGAUUGUUUUCAAAUCUUAUUAUAUUUUCUUAUUCAUUUUCAUUUCGAUCUAGAUUAUUCUCCCAGUAAUUAAGUUAUCAAUCACUUAAAAUGUUGUAUAAUAUAAAUCAUCGUAAAGCCUUAAGAAAACCGAAAAUUACAAACAUUUCCAAGUUUUAUUAUCGCAAAACUAACCAGCAUGAAACUUAAACAGGAUAAAAUUUUAGCAAAACUGAAAAUUUUAUCGACAAAACUAUUAAAUUAUCAAGUAAUUCUAGAAAAAAUAUGAUUAAUUGAAUUCAUCAAUUGAUGCUACAUUCAAUAAUAGAUUGUCAAAAUUUUUUUCUUGCCAAAUAUAAAGUUUAAAUAAUUAAGUAACACUUUCAGAGUAAAGUAAGCUUUCAACUUGACCAGAUCACCUUCUUAUCAAUCUAGUAGCCUAAAUCGGCUGAAGCUGUUAACAUCUAAUUAUCGUAAAAUGUCUCAAGUGCAUCCUGAAACACAAUCUGAUGAUUAUCACAAACCAAGUGGACUAUUUGCAAAGGCGCUGAGAACCAACAAUAAAACAAUAUUAUUUCUUCUUCUUUUAUCCUUGACCAUGAACAGUUUCGAUACUAUUCGAGAUUUUAAGAUUGCAAAAGACUUUGUCUCAGCGUGGCGCAUAUUGUAUCUCACUUCUUACUUGGCAAUUUGCAUCUAUUUGAUUUUCAAGCGAAAAUCAUACAACAAAUUCAUUAACUAUUUCGACAGAGAGAUUGGUGCUUACAUGUCGAACGAGUCCAUUCGUAAAUAUAUUGCCAAGAAUCGGUUACUCACUUCAAUCGGUUAUACAUUGAUACUAACUGGUUAUCUCUCUUAUGGCGUUCAUGACAUUAUUCAAGUCUAUCAGGAAUCACAAUCAUAUUAUCAACUUGCAAUGAAAUCCCUCUGGAAUCUUUUUCGAUCAAUAAUCUACCUGAAUCGCUACGUAAUCAUUCAAUUCAUCAUUGAAUGUUGUCUGCAUACUCAAAUCUGCUUCAAAAUGGUAGAAGAUCAAAUUGAAUCUUUGAAAAUGUCCGAUUCCUCAUUGGACUUUGAAGAGAUGCAAAGGAUUCGACAAUUAUACGAUGUUGCUAUUGGAAAGACGAGAAAACUCGAUUCAUUAUUGUUUUGGGUUUUACCUGCUUACUAUUUUACCUGCAUCGGAUCAUUUCAGCUGAAUUUGGUUUUUAUCAUCUAUGAAUUUAACCACCUUUAUCUCAUGUUUAUGGUCCGAGAAGUGGUUACUUUGAUCCUUCUUACCUUUCACAUCGCUAACAUAAACCGACUUGCAAAUGAAGCCUUUAACCAGGUUUACUCGCUCUCAUAUAAAGUAGAGUCUAUUGAGAUGCAAAAUGAGCUACGCUUCUUCUUCACUCGAAUCAGGCGGGGCGAUGUUGGUUUAACCAUUCUAAAGAUCGUUCUCAUAACACCUGCUUUUGUCACCUCAUUUGGCACUUUAUUACUGACCAUUGCUCUGGCAAUACCUACCAUUUUCAAGAAAUCGUAACCAAAGUUUGGUUUGAUAAGUUAUCCAAAGAUUCUGAUUCAGUGAGAGCAUAUACAAUUUAAUGUCACUACAAUCUUAGGAUGAUUAGGCUGCAUACUUGUAGAAACCUUCAAAUGUAUUAGUUUAAUAAGUUGAUCAGUACAAAUCAAAUAAAGAAUGUUGUUAAUGAAUGGAUUUGAUAUAACUUGCCAGUGUUGGUGUCGCUGCAGCAAUAGUCAGUGAAGUAGAGCAAGUCGAUGUACUAUAUUAAUA